CUCACUACGUCCUCGAGUGUCGCCGCACAACACACCACUAGGGGCACUUUGCAAGUCGUACGAUUGAGGAAAAUCGACCAUCUGAUACAGGCGAUUGGUCGGCUCACCCCACCGUUCAAGCGUGCUGUCGGGUAUAAAGUUGCUCGAAGGCGGACAACAUGUUUGUUGCACGUUUAGCUGUCCGUCCCCUCUCCCACCGCACCCCCAUCAUAUCGUUCUCUCGCAACAUGUCGUCUCACGAAGUAGUCAUCGUCGCCGCCUCCCGUACCCCUGUUGGCUCCUUGAACGGUGUUCUGAAGACGCUUACGGCACCCCAGUUGGGUGUCAUUGCGCUCAAACACGCUUUCGAGCAGGCCAAGCUCGACCCCGCUGUUGCGGAGGAGAUCUACUACGGCAAUGUCGUCCAGGCCGGCGUUGGCCAGUCACCAGCACGCCAGGUUGCCCUCGGUGCUGGUAUGAAGACUAGCUCUGACGCGACGACAGUCAACAAGGUCUGUGCAAGCGGCAUGAAGGCUGUCAUGCUCGCUGCGCAGAGCAUUCAGACUGGUUACAAGAGUGUCGUUGUAGCUGGCGGCAUGGAGAGCAUGAGCAAUGCACCAUUCCUCCUGCCCCGUCAGAACCCUGCCUUCGGCAAGUUCGAGGCGAAGGAUGCGCUCCAGAAUGACGGUCUGUGGGAUGUGUACAACGACUUCGCGAUGGGCAACUGCGGUGAAUUCGCCGCCGAGAAGCACCAGAUCACCCGCGAGUCGCAAGACGCGCAUGCUGUCGAAUCGUUCAAGCGUGCGGAGCGGGCAUGGGCGUCAGGAGCAUUCGUCGCGGAAGUCGCCCCCGUCACCAUCAAGGGCAAGAAGGGUGACACGAUCGUGAAGGAGGACGAGCAAUACAAGCGUGUCAUCUAUGAGAAGAUCCCUACCUUGAACCCGGCAUUCAAGAAGGGCGGCACCAUCACGCCUGCGAACUCGUCACCCCUGAACGACGGCGCAUCCGCACUGAUCCUCAUGUCUGCUGAGAAGGCAAAAGAGCUCGGUGUCAAGCCCUUGGCCAAGGUUAUCUCAUACGCUGAUGCCGGUGUCGACCCAAUCGACUUCCCUAUUGCACCGACCAUUGCUCUGCCCAAGGCUCUGGAGCGGGCGAACCUGAAGACGGAGGACAUUGCUUUGUUCGAGAUCAACGAGGCGUUCUCGGCAGUCGUCAGGAUCGCUGAGAAGGUCCUCAGCAUCGACCCCGCAAAGAUCAACGUCAACGGUGGCGCGGUUGCUCUCGGACAUGCCAUCGGCAACUCCGGUUCGCGCAUUAUCGUGUCGCUCGUUCACGCUCUUAAGUCUGGCGAGUACGGUGCUGCUGGCGUGUGCAAUGGGGGUGGCGCGGCGUCGGCGAUCGUCAUCCAGAAGCUGUGAGCCGCUUUUGGCGUGUGGCCUGAUCUUGCUUAGCCAUGAUAAACCAAGAUCUGACACGACUUAUCGAAGUCAACUCUGAGCAGCACCAUUUUCAUCAGGGGACACUGCGGUCAUGCAUCUUGUAUUUUAGUCGCAUCGCUAUCGUGUUUGCAUCUGUGCUUUAGAUCGGAAUCUCAUAAUGAAUCGCGUUUUCCGUG